AUGGCAAAAUGCUUGGUCAAGAUCAGGACUCAACGAAGCCUCCACUUGCAGAUGAUAAACCACUGCACCAGUAAUGUGUUUGUCCGUCUGCUGAAACAUGGCUCCAAGGUCAUACCUCGAAAUGCUGGUGCCCCAUUGUCUGAAGUGGAUGCUUCUGGGUGCAUGGUUGCAAGAUCACCAGUGAAGAGAUCUCGGAGUGCAGAUUCUCCAAGUAAAGAGGGAGACAAAGUAAAAGAAGACCCCUUGACCAUUUCUGAACUAGCAUACAAUCCCAGCGCCAGCCUGCAUUCUACCCGAGUGGAUGAUGAUGAAGUUGACAUACUAUUUGACUGUCCAUCUAGGUUUGUGCUAGAAAGAGAAGACACGGAUUCAUUUGAGGAACUAGAAGCAGAUGAAAAUACCUUUUUGAUGACGGAAGAGGAGAAGGUGAAGGAAGCUCGCCAAGCUUUGUCAUGGAGCUAUUCCAUCCUGACCGGCCGUAUCUGGCUCAAUCCUCUGGUCAAGCGUUGUUCUAGGUUCCUUGUGGUGGGCCUGGGACUGCUUCUGUUUGUAUUUCCCCUACUUCUCCUCCUUUUGGAGUCAGGUAUUGAUAUCUCCAUCUUAUUCAAAAGAAUGAAUUUGAGUAGUUUUCCUAUGAAUACAACUGUCUCCUAA